AUGCUGGUGCCGAUGAUACGGCUGAACACCGCUGAGGAUUUCCAGUGGACAAAGAAUAACCCAGGCUCUUUCUAUUACGGCACUUUCCCAGCUGGUUUUUUAUGGGGUGUUGGAAGCUCUGCAUACCAGACUGAAGGGGCCUGGGACAAGGAUGGGAAAGGACCAAGUAUCUGGGAUGCUUUUACUCACAGGAAAGGAAAAGUGUUUAGAAAUGAAACAGGAGAUGCAGCAUGUGACGGGUACCACAAAGUGAAGGACGACAUUCAGUUACUGAAGGAGCUGAAAGUGAAUCACUAUCUAUUCUCUAUCUCGUGGCCUCGCAUUAUGCCCACUGGCAUCAAAAAGGAAUUGAAUGAGAAGGGAAUACAGUUCUACAACGACACAAUUAACAGCCUUCUGGAAAACAACAUUACCCCUAUUGUGAGCCUCUACCACUGGGACCUUCCUCAGGUUCUCCAAGAAAAGUAUGGCGGCUGGCAAAAUAUAAGCAUGAUAAAUUAUUUUAAUGAUUAUGCAAAUGUAUGUUUCGAGAAGUUUGGCGAUCGUGUGAAGCACUGGAUUACUUUUAGCAAUCCUUGGGCAGCUGCCGAAAAGGGUUACGAGACAGGAGAACACGCACCAGGACUGAAGCUCGGUGGAUGCGGAGCAUACAGAGCAGCGCACCAUAUUAUUAAAACUCAUGCGAAGGUCUGGCACUCUUACAAUAACACAUGGCGUAGUGAGCAGCAAGGCAUGGUUGGGAUUUCCCUCACCAGCGACUGGGGUGAACCUGUUGAUCCACACAGCCAAACAGAUAGAGACGCUGCUGAGAGAUACAUACAGUUUCAUUUGGGAUGGUUUGCAAAUCCAAUUUACAGAGGAGACUACCCAGAAGUUAUGAAGAAUUACGUAGGUAAGAAGAGCGCCCAGCAAGGCCUGGGGACAUCAAGAUUACCAACUUUCUCGGUGCAAGAGAAAACCUAUAUUAAAGGCACGUCGGAUUUCCUGGGAAUCGGUCAUUUUACCACGCGUUACGUUAUACAGAAGAGCUUCCCCUUUCUACAAGUGUCCGGUUACCACACUGACCGUGACCUGGCUGAACUGGUGGACCCAAAUUGGCCAGCUCCAGGACCUAAGUGGUUAUAUUCUGUGCCUUGGGGAUUUCGAAGAUUACUCAACUUCAUUAAGACACAGUAUGGGAACCCUCUCAUUUAUGUGACAGAGAAUGGCGUUUCUGACAAGGUACAGUGUACUCAACUGUGUGAUGAAUGGCGGAUAGAGUAUCUGAAAGGAUAUAUUAAUGAAAUUCUGAAAGCUCUAAACGAUGGUGUUAAUGUCCAAGGUUACACCGCCUGGUCACUGCUGGAUAAAUUUGAGUGGAACAAAGGCUUCUCUGAAAGAUUUGGAUUUUAUCACAUUGAUUUUAAAAACAAGAACAAACCACGAUACCCAAAGGCAUCCGUUGACUAUUAUAAAAAGAUUAUCAAUGCAAACGGAUUCCCAAAUCCACGAGAGGUGAAAAACUGGCAUCGGACGGCCAUGGACACCUGCUCCACCACGCACCAGCUCCUUGCUACAGAUUCCCUGAUUGCUCACAUGGAAACGGUGACAGAGAUUGUUCUUCCUACAGUUUUCACACUCUGCAUCCUCAUCAGUAUUGUCCUUCUAAUAUUCUACCUUCGAAAUCACAGAUAA